GCGGUGACGCUCCCUCCGGGCGGUCAGGAAGCGGCGGGGCAGCCAUUCCCGUCCGCUGGUAUCCAGGGACGCGGAUCGGUUGCUCUAGGAGGGCAGCGGCACUAACGGCCUCCUUGUCUUCUCCCCGUGCAGGCUGGAGCCGCCAUGGUGCGGUUGCAUGUAAAGCGCGGCGAUGAGAGCCAGUUCCUGCUGGAGACGGCCGCCAGCGCGCGUCUCUCCGACCUGACGCCUCUCGUCGCCCGUAUUUACAACGGGAGGCUGAAGGUGCAACGUCUCUGCUCAGAGAUGGAGGAGCUGGCAGAGCAUGGUACUUUCUUGCCUUACAAUAUGCAAGGUCUGACAGAUGAGCAAAUUGAAGAACUGAAGCUAAAGGAUGAAUGGGCAGAAAAGUGCAUACCAAGCGGUGGAAGUGUCUUCAAGAAGGACGAAAUUGGGCGAAGAAACGGACAUGCUCCCAAUGAAAAAAUGCAGCAAGUUAUAAAGAAGACAAUAGAGGAAGCCAAGGCAUUAAUCUCUAGGAAACAAGUUCAGGCCAACAUAUGCGUUAAUAUGGAGAUGGUGAAAGAUGCAUUGGACCAGCUCCGAGGGGCUGUGACGAUUGUGUAUCCAAUGGGAUUGCCUCCACAUGAUCCAAUUAGGAUGGAGUUUGAAAAUAAAGAAGACCUGGUGGGAACUCAAGCUGGUCUUGAAGUUAUAGAAGAAUCAGAGGCACAAUUGUGGUGGGCAGGAAAGGAGCUGCAAGAAACAAAGUUGCUCUCUGACUAUGUAGGCAAAAAUGAGAAAACGACCAUCAUUGUCAAGAUACAGAAAAAAGGACGAGGUGCUCCAGGGCGUGAACCUCUGAUUAGUCAUGAAGAACAAAAACAGAUGAUGCUGUAUUACUACAAAAAGCAGGAGGAACUUAAGAAACUGGAAGAGGAGGAUGAUGACUCAUUUCUAAAUGCUGAAUGGGCAGACAGCCAUGCUUUGAAAAGACAAUUUCAUGGUGUGACAGACAUCAAAUGGCGGCCAAGGUGAAGCUCUACAAGCGCUUUUUUGCCUCUUGAAGCUGUUUGGUUGAUACACUUAUUUCCAACGAGGAGUUGUGUGCAGGGGACUCUUCUGACGAAAGCUGAGAUCAUCACUUUGUAGCAGAUGCCUGUUUCAGCCUGAGGUUUUCAGUAAAUGUUUCUCUCUCUGUGUAACUCGAGCAGCACUUUUCUCUGCGAAGGGCAAAAUCAAUCCUGUUGAAGUUUGUUACUUUACUAAAAACUUCUAACUUGAAUGUUGAAUUACUGAGCUAUUUCAUAGGUAAUAUAUCUGCAAUGUUUGAUAUUGUUUGGAGUGCUCUUUAUAUUUUCUUCUGAUUCUUACAUUUGUUUCAGAUGGGGUAGUCUGCAGAAGAUAAUUUAUGUCAGAAGAAAUCUCUUUUCCCAGGCUAAUCCAGUGAAAGUCAGUGAUGUUUAUGUGCUUGUUUGCAUUUCAACAUAGCCAAUUCCAAACUAUGAUUUUAAAAUAAGUUGACCUCUUUAGCAACUGUUUAAAGGAAGUAUUUUUAGAUAAAUACAAGUAACAUGAAAAUCCUCAUGGAAUUCUUCAUUUUCAUUCUUUUGGUUUAGUUUUCAUUAACAUUGGAAGCCAACCUAUUGAUUUCACUCAGUUUAAGAAGCUGUUAGCCAUGAGGCUUUCAUGUGAAGGUUGACAGAAAUUUGGUUACAGAAGUAAGCAUUACUUGCAAAUAGAUGGGAUACAAUAAACCCAGAUUUAAUAGGGCAAGAUCUCUAAUGUGGAAGUACUUCUAAGAUUAAGACAGGAUUGGAAGUGUUCAAUUUGUAACAAAUCAGCAUUUUAAGAUGAGAAAUCAUUACAUUUAUUGCAGAGUAUUUUCUCUACAUGCUUGAUGUUUACAAUCCUAUUACCAUUUGUAAGAUGUAUCAUCAGUCAGUUCUGGGUUCAAGACUAACAAAGGAAAUGCUAGUAGACUUGAAGCAAAUGUAGUGUCCUUUUCUCAAGGGAAGAUUCUGACUCUGGAUACUGUAUGGCUAAUGGAUAAUUAAAUCUCUAGAAUUAUUAUGUAGAUUUGUUGAAU